ACGUCAAAAUCAAAUGAAAUGUCAACUUGACUUGUAUCAAAAAUAAAGACAGAAUUUGGUUUUCGAAAACCUAAAUCUAAUUUCAUCUUGAAUUUGUGAUAUUGUUAAAACACUUAAAAUGGCUAUGUUUCCUGGAACCGUUGCCUUUGAUGAAUUUGGGCGUCCAUUUAUAAUUUUAAGGGACCAAGAAAAUCAAAAACGUCUUACCGGUACAGAUGCUAUAAAGUCUCACAUCCAAGCUGCUCAACAAAUAGCUAGCAUUUUGAGAACAUCUCUUGGUCCCCGUGGCCUUGAUAAGAUGAUGGUGUCCUCGGAUGGAGAAGUCACAGUUACCAAUGAUGGAGCUACAAUCCUGAAGCUGAUGGAUGUUGAGCACCAGAUUGGUAAACUGAUGGUGCAACUCUCCCAGAGUCAGGAUGAUGAGAUUGGUGAUGGUACCACAGGAGUUGUGGUGUUAGCUGGUGCUCUUUUGGAACAAGCUGCGAUCUUGAUUGACAAAGGUAUUCAUCCGAUUCGUAUUGCGGAUGGGUUUGAGAUGGCCUCGGCGACAGCACUGGCGCAUUUAGACUCCAUCAGUGAGGCCUUCCCAGUGAACAAGGAUACAAGAGAGCAUCUUAUCAAAGUUGCCAUGACAACCCUUGGUAGCAAGGUGGUAGUCAAGUGCCACCGUUUGAUGGCGGAAAUUGCUGUUGAUGCUGUCCUGACAGUAGCAGAUCUAGAGAAAAGGGAUGUCAAUUUUGAAUUGAUUAAAGUGGAGGGUAAAGUAGGUGGUCGUAUGGAGGACUCUAUGCUGGUGCGUGGUGUUGUUAUUGACAAAACUAUGAGUCACCCUCAGAUGCCAAAGAUGCUGAAGGAUGUGAAAUUAGCAAUAUUGACAUGUCCAUUUGAGCCUCCCAAGCCUAAGACCACACACAAGUUGCAUGUAGGUUCAGUUGAGGAAUACAGGGAGCUGCGGCAGUAUGAACAAGAAAAGUUCUUGGAGAUGGUGCGCAGAGUUAAAGACACUGGUGCAACGUUGGCCAUCUGUCAGUUUGGUUUUGAUGAUGAGGCGAACCAUUUACUACUAUCUCAAGGUCUGCCGGCUGUGCGCUGGGUGCACGGACCUGAGAUGGAACUUAUCGCGAUAGCUACUGGCGGCCGCAUCGUGCCACGAUUUGAGGAACUCACACCAGACAAGCUCGGCUCGUGUGGACUUGUGAGGGAACUUACAUUUGGUACAUCCAAGGAUGAGAUGUUGGUGAUAGAGCAGUGCUCCAACUCGCGCGCGGUGACGGCGCUCGUGCGCGGCGGCAACCGCAUGAUUGUGGACGAGGCGAAGCGAUCAGUGCACGACGCCUUGUGUAUUGUACGCAGUCUGGUGCAGGACUCACGUGUAGUGUACGGUGGAGGAGCGGCCGAGAUCUCCUGCUCAUUGGCAGUAGCACGCGCUGCAGAGAAGUUGUCCUCUCUCGAGCAGUACUCCUACAGAGGAUAUGCUGAUGCAUUAGAGUCUAUUCCUCUAGCGUUGGCGGAGAACAGUGGUCUGUCUCCGAUCGAUACGCUGUCAGAGGUUAAGGCGCGCCAGGUGUCGGAAAACAACAGCAAUCUCGGUGUCGACUGUAUGGGAACAGGUUCUAAUGAUAUGAAGGCAAUGAACGUAAUAGAGUCGUUACACUCCAAGAAGCAACAGAUUGCACUGGCAACACAGCUCGUUAAAAUGAUACUGAAGAUAGAUGAUGUUCGUUCACCGGCUGACGGCAUGCAGUAGACUUUAAUAUUUUUAACUGUGUGUAAUUGAAGUGUAUGGAAAGUUAUGUAAUGCUAUAUAAGCUGGAAUGACAUUGCCGAAUAGUUUUGAACAUGCAGUGUAAGAAAAUACACAAAAAUAUAGGUUUUCAAAGUGAUUUUUUGUGUUAAUCAGACUGUCACAAACUAUUAAUAAAAUAAAAAGUUAAAAUUCUUUAAAAACAUGUUUCCUUUUAUCCAAAAAUGUAUUUUAUUUAUCAAAAUGUUCCAGUUUUAUAUUUGCAUUGUCCUAAUUCUAUCAAAUUAAUUAUUUAAUAUGCUUUAAAACACUGUAUUAACAUUUUAAUUUAAUAUUUUUAAUGCUUAGGACAUAAAAAAUGUUAAGAUCUUACAUAUAUUUUUGAAGGUUGAAUGGUUUUCUGCCUUCUAUUUCUCAGUGAUAUCAUGUCUUACUUUAUGUUUAGUUCAGGCAUUUGUUUAAAACUAGUUUUACAGUACUGGAGAAGUAUGUAUGCCUUAUCACACUAAUAAAACAUUAAAUUAA